AUGUCGAACUCACAGUCUCAUCUCUACACGUUCCCCGGUAAGGCGGAAUUGGCUGAAAGCCUGCAGCAGUACGUCCUCAAAGCCGAAGCUGCCGCUCUCGCCCACCAUGAUACCUUCCGCGUAGCCGUCUCUGGCGGUUCCUUGCCCGUCAUCCUAGCCGAGGCCCUUUUGGGAAAGGCAACCAUCCCGCAAUUCGGCAAGUGGGAUAUCUUCUUCGCCGAUGAGCGCGCCGUUCCCCUCGAUCACGCCGACAGCAACUACUUCCUGCUGAAGGAGGAAUUCCUCAACAAAAUCCCUGCGGAGCUUGGAACCCCUUCCGUGCACCCUAUCGCCGAAAAGCACGCCAACCAGGACGACGACCCCCAACAGCUGGCCGACUUAUACCAGGACGAAUUGAAGCGCGCAUUCACCGGUGGAGAAAAUGAAGCGCUACCCAUCUUCGACUUGAUCCUGCUUGGCUGUGGACCUGAUGGCCACACCUGUAGUCUGUUCCCGGGCCACAGUCUUCUCCAGGAGAAGACUGCUUGGGUUGCUGCCAUCUCGGACUCGCCCAAGCCCCCACCCAAGCGCAUCACCCUCACUCUCCCUGUCGUCGCCGCUGCUACCCAGAUCGCGUUCGUUGCAACCGGAGGAGGCAAGAAGGAAAUUAUGCGCGAUAUCUUUGACUCGGAGGAUGGUUGCGGUCUGCCCUCAUCCUUGGUUAACAAGGCUGCUGGCGAUAAAGUCAGCUGGUUCACCGAUUCGCCCGCUACUGAAGGCAUUGCCUAUCCCCGUGGAUAA